AUGGACGUAGCUAUUUCUAAAGCCUUUCAGCUGGGAUUAGUUGCCGGGCUGGGCCAUCAGGAAUUUGCGCGUCCAUCUCGGGGAGACCUCGCCUUCAGAGAUGACAGCAUUCGGCCCCAGGAGGAGCCUGCAAUUCGGCCUCGGUCUUCCCAGCGUGUGCCGCCCAUGGGGAUACAGCACAGUAAGGAGCUAAACAGAAUCUGCUGCCUGAAUGGGGGAACCUGCAUGCUGGAGUCCUUUUGUGCCUGGCCCCCCUCCUACGGACAGAACUGUGAGCACAAUGUGCGCAAAGAGAACUGCCGGUCUGUGCCCCAUGACACCUGGCUGCCCAAGAAGUGUUCCCUGUGUAAAUGCUGGCACGGCCAGCUCCGCUGCUUUCCUCAGGCAUUUCUACCCGGCUGUGAUGGCCUUGUGAUGGAUGAGCACCUCGUGACUUCCAGGACUCCAGAACUACCACCGUCUGCACGUACUACCACUUUUAUGCUAGCUGGCAUCUGCCUUUCUAUACAAAGCUACUAUUAAUUGACAUUGAUCUAUUUCCAGAAAUACAAUUUUAGAUACCAUGCAAAUUUCAUGACCAGUAAAGGCUGCUGCUACAAUGUCCUAACUGAAAGAUGAUCAUUUGUUAGUCGCCUUAAAAUAAUGAAUACAUUUCCAAAAUGGCUUCUAACAUUUCCUUACAGAACUAACUACUUCUUAUCUCUUUGCCCUGCCCUCUCCCAAAAAACUACUUCUUUUUUCAAAAGAAAGUCGGUCAUAUCUCCAUUGUGCCCAAGUCCAAUGUUUCUUUUUUUUUUUUUUUUUUUUUUUUGAGACGGAGUCUUGCUCCGUCACCCAGGCUGGAGUGCAAUGACGCGA